UGUGUGGUAGUUUCCUUAGCCAGGCUAGCAGUCCUGACCGGCAUCCAGCUUCUACUCCACCCCGCCUUCCUCGCCUGCCGCACCGACAACAAUCCACAGGCGCCCGCUGGUCUGGUGGAGGUCCUUCAGAGGACAGUUCAUGCUUUUGCGGCGAAAUUUUGAAGUUUAUUCCCCCCUCAAAAAUAGAUUUACCAUCAAACAUCAAAAUGCAACGAGUAACUGUCAGGCAUCACCUCGUCCUCCUCUUCUUCCUCCAUCUCCUGAGCUCAGCUGAACUGGAGGCGGUGGAUAAAGUGCCAGUGGAGGUGAUCGUUGACAGCUCCCCCUGCAGUGCCACCUGUGGGCUGGGCGUUAAAACUCAAACCCUGUGUUUCUUAAAAGAUUCCGAGACAGCCAUGGAAGAAGGCGUGAGAAGGGAAGAUGGAGCAGAGGUGUUGAAGGAGUGUCGUGUCUGUAAGGUGAAGUGUCUGGAGUCGUGGCAGUGUGGACUCAGCACCAUGACUGUGACUUCAGGACAGAGAGUGGACAUCGAUUGUCUGGGAGAAGUCAUGGAAGCGAUGGGGAGGUUUUCCUGGAGAGUAUCGUGGCGAUACGCCCAGGGUGUAAUCAGCUCUGACGACUCUCUGUUUGAUCGCUGGCGUGCUCCUUUGCUGGACCGAGUGAUUCUGGACCCCAUCGAGGAAGAGGACGCAGGCACCUAUUGCUGUGUUGUACAGGAUGCCACCUUCCACAUUGUGAAGACAGUUUACUGGGGGAUCCGGGUUUUGCCCGUCGGCAUUCUAAAUCUGGACUAUGAAAGCUCUCUGGUCCAGUGGGACUCCACUGGAAACCAGCAGAAUCAGACCACGUCAGACCAGCAAGACUACAGGACGGCUCUUCUUUACACAGUGCUGAUCAGUUUGAGCCUGGCAGGCGUCGGGGCUGGACUGAUUCUUCUGGGGCUUUACUGGACACACUGUAGGACAUUUCAAGUUGGUUUAACCUGGAAAACACACCUGCUGCCUUGAAGAUGCAAGUUAGCUCAACUUGAAGAUUAUCUUUGUUUCAACUAAGACAUUUAAGUACAUAAAGUUGAUGUAACUUCACUUGA